AUGUAUUCCCUCAACCCCUUCCCUGAGAAGUGCAUAGAUGUUUUGAACCGAGUUGUGGCUUACCAUCUGUAUGUCUCCCAUGUGUACAUAGAAAUGGCCUACCGCUUCAUGCUUGGCAAGACAAUGCCUCCUUUUGCCCAGUUCUUUGAAAAGCAGGCUGACACAAAGAGGGAAGCUGCAGAUCAAUUCCUAAGACGGCUCUGGGCUCGUAAGGGUAGUAGGAUCUGCCCUCCAAUUCACAAGAAGCCUAAUAUGAAUGAAAUAACCACUCCUAUACAAGCCAUAACAUUAGCCCAGGAGCUGGAAAAAACAUUAACACAGGACCUGAAAGAGCUACGGAAUCUAGCUUCUGCACAUCGUGAAACUGAUCUCGAAAACUUUGUGAAACCAUUUCUCGAUACACAAAGGACAAAUGAACAGUAUCUGAAAUAUCAACGUACUUCUCUGGAAGGAGCAAAACCAAAGGAGCAAAGAAAACCAAAGACUGAAAAGCGGUCUGCCUCAUCAGGUGCAGGGGUUUAA